AUGGAGAUGCUGCAUAGAGAAAGACGAAUUGACUGUUUCCCUGGAACCUUUUCUUACUCCAAGACUAAAGAAAACUGCGAAGCUGCUGGAUGUUGUUGGGAUAAUUCUCAAUCCUAUUGCUAUCAUUCUCAUCCUACAGCUUACGUUUACAAAUUAAUCUCAAGAAAUAUGUCAGAAGAAGGUACUAUGGAUAUUUUACUGUUAUCUGCUUUUAACAAGACCGUGAUGGGUGAAGCAGUUUCUGAAACUGAAAGAAUUCGAAUAGCAUACUUGUCCUCACAUCACUUGGAGAUAAUCCUAGGAAGCAAUUCUAAAUUUAAUUCUCUUGAUUAUUUGAAUUUCAACCAUCACGUAAGAAAAGAAAAUGUUAGCUACGAAAUAACAAUCAAUGACAAACCUUAUUUUCACUUCAAAGUUUACAGAAAAAAUUCCAGAAAUGUCCCUAUUUUUAAUACUUUUCAUGGACCUCUUAUUAUAAGUGAAGGCUUGACAGAAGUAACUUCGUUAUUACCCUCAUUUAAUUUAUAUGGAAUCGGCCAGUAUCCAAAAAAUUCUUUCCAGCAUAAUUUGAAAUCAACGAAACGUGUCCUGCUCUUCGCUAGAGAAGAAUUCGAAAAUGAAAGCGAGCCUCGUGAUUACUUUACUUCAGGUGUCCAUCCGUUCUAUUUAGUUGUAGAGUCAGAUGCAAGAAGUCAUGGUGUGCUGCUCUUAAGCACUUCUCCGAUAAGCAUCACAACUAGUGGAGCCCCAGCGAUUACAUUUCGAACUACUGAAUCUUUUCUUCGUUUUCAUAUUUUCUUAGGACCAACGCCAAAAGAUGUUAUUCGACAGUUAACCGAGUACGUUGGAAAACCGUCUAUGCCUCCGUUAUGGUCUCUUGGCUAUCAUUCUUGUAGAGAAACCGACAGCUUGAACGAUGUUGUAUCGUACUUGAAUUUCACAAUAAACGAAAAUAUACCCCAUGAAUCUGACUGUGGUAGUUCUCAAUUGUUGGAAUCUGCAUUCACUGCUAAUAGCAAAAUUUCACACGAUUUUCUAUCACUUUAUAAGUUUCUUAAGUCAACUAACAGAAAAUUUGUUCUCUUUCAGGAUUCUCAAGUGAACUUUAAUGAAGACAAUUGCUCAACUCAGCUUUCAGACCGUAUAUAUGUAAUGUCUAAUAUAUCUAGGAAAUUAAUAACUGGUUUUCUACCAAAUGGGCUUGAAGUAACAUAUCCAGAUUUCUUCAGUGAUCAAAUUAUUUCUUGGCUACAGAAAAAUUUCAAAAAGCUUUCGAAAAUGUUCAAAUUUGAUGGUUUAUUUUUUCAACGAAAUACACCGGUAAACUUCAGUUCUUCCAAAGAAACAACUUGCUCUGACAAUAAUGACAUGAAUGGGUCUUCUAACUUAUUAUGGAAUAAUUUAUCUAUUGGAACACUAAGCAUGGCCGCAGUACAUAGCAACAAUAUACCUCAUUUAUUUCUCCACAAUAUUUAUGGUUAUAAGAGCACACUUCAAGUACAAUCUUCACUUGAUAACAUCUCACACUUUGUAAGACGGAGAAAGUUCUUAUCAAGCGCAUCUACGUUCAUCGGUAGUGGCACUUAUUCUAGCUCCUGGGGUGGAUUAGUUUCAGGUUCAUGGAAAAGUCUUAAGCAAUCAGUCAUACAGAUGCUCGAUUUCAGCUUGUUUGGUAUGCCUCUGACUGGGAUACCAGUUUGUGGGACAAGUGGCGUUAUCGAUACAGAACUGUGCUCUCGUUGGCUUCAAUAUGCUGCCUUCCAGCCCCUCUUACUAACUCACAGAAUGGACGGAAAUGAAUUAUUUCUUCAUAAUCCCAGAUUAGCUUCAGUUGCUCGAAAUAUGAUAGGUUUGCGAUAUUCUUUGCUACCUUACCUUUACACUUUAUUCUAUUACUCCGCCAAAUACGGAGACACUGUUGUGAGACCAUUGUUCUUUGAAUUUCCAAACGUUACCCAAACAUAUGUUAUUGAUGAACAAUUUCUUUGGGGUCCUGCGCUUUUAGUAUCUCCAAUUCUACAACCCUCUGCUUCAGAGAUUCGAGUUUUCUUCCCACCAGGUUGCUGGUAUGACAUGUACACUGGGAAAAUGAUACAAUCAAAAUCAGGUCAUUAUCAAAGCAUAAUGGUUUUUGACCAAAUACCAUUACAUAUCAGGGGAGGUCAAAUAAUUCCAAGCCAGUCGUCUGAUUUAACCACAGAAUCAACCCGGAUGAAAAAUUAUAUCUUCACAGCAGCCUUUGAUUGUUACAACUUCAACAAUGAAAACAUUAAUGACUAUGUAAAAACUUGGGCUUAUGGUGAAUUAUAUAUCGAUGAUGGAAUUUCAGAAGAUUCCAUUAGAAAUGAGAGUUAUUUAUUAGUUGCAGUUGUGAUAAAGGGAAAAAAUAUAACAAUUGAUCCCAAAAUAGAUGGACUCAAAAUUUUACAUGAUAUACGUAUGGGAUCUACGAUUCUCAACACUUUCUAUUUAUUUGGCAUUUUCGAGAAACCUUCAAAUUUUUUUAUUGACUUCUUUUGGUGCGACCAUACUUACAGCAGCGAAUUGCGAGCCGUUAUUCUCAAAGAUAUUAAUCUCGAUUUACAUGUGCCUCAUUUUAUUUACUGGGACUAAAUCACAUUAAAAAAUUCGCAUAUUUUAGGGAUAAGACAUUAAAAGACAUAUUUUAGAGAUAAAAUAUUUAAAGACAUAUUUUAGGAAUGAGACGGAGAUAGUCAAAGAAAAUAUCGCAAUCGGUCAGAUUUUUUUUUCCGCAGUAGGAGGCAAUGAAUAUCAUACCUGAACUAUCAAUAUUUAGAACUCUAUUUUAUUUCUAUUGUAUUUAUACUGUAUUUUUACUGUACUUUUAUUUCGCUACUAGAAAGCACUCAAGUCAUUUUAGGCUCUUUAAAAAGAAACUCUCGCGUACACAAUUCCAAUAAACUGCACUUAAAAAGUUAGCAUUUAAUCCUUUUAUCGCUGUCAUUAGAAAAAUUAACUGAAUAAGAAACAAUAAUUAAAUAUGGAGAAAAUAUACCUAGUGUAAUAAAAAAAAUAUGAGCCUAGUAAAUAAAAAGAAUAUACGCAUGUAAAGUCCUAGUGCUUUCUAAUCUUAUCUGGUUCAUUAACUUACUAAGUGUGCAAAAUGGCAUUGCUGUUGUUAGCGAUUAAUCGUCCAUACACAGCUGAGAAAAACACAAAAACUAGUGAAACCCAUGCAAAGGAUUUGUUAAAUUCUAAUUCUUGUAAAGUAGUGUAAAACUGAAUUGUAACUCCGUAAUUUCUUUAAUGCUGGUAGAAAUACGAAUGCAAGUUACAAGCAGAAAUAGAAGCUAAUUUCUUUAAUUUUUUCCUAUUUUAAUGUAUAUUGUUUGUUAUUAUAAAUAUUUUUUAUUAAA